AUAAAAAUUUAUCAACUCCAAAAAAAAUUAGAAAAUUAGAGAUAGAAAAAAAUAUUACUCCAACAGAAAAAAGAAAAUAUCCAGAAUCAAUCAAUCAAAUGUUUGAUAAUUCUUCAAUAUAUGAUGAAACAUUCUGUCUUUUAGGAGAAAAAAUUAAACAAAAAUCUUAUGAUAAAAAUGAAUUAAAAGAAAAUAAAUUUGAAAAUAAAAAUUCACCAGAAUGUCCACGUAUAAAGAAAUGUCUUAUGGAUAGUUUUGAUAUAGUUCCUAAUAAAAAAGAAAAACAAGAGAAUAAAUUAUCAAAGAAAAGAUCAGAAAGAGAAAAAAUGAUUGGUAUUACUUGUUGGGAAUGUGAAAAGUAUUACACUAAUCUUGGAAUUUCUGAGGAAGAAAUAAAAAUGAGACAAAAUAAAUGUUCUCGACAUAGAACUACAUAUAAUGAAAGAAUUAAUACACCUGAAGGUUUUUGGUGUCCUAUAUUUUCUGAUACUACUUUUCAAUCUACUUUCCAAGAUUGAAGUAAAGCAUGCUGGUAUGCUUUUUUUUAUUUAUUAUCUUAUAAAUAUCUUACAAAUAAUUGUUUAUUUUAAGUUAUAUGAAUUUUAAAGAAUAAAAACAUAAAUGUAUAAAUAUGUAAUAUAAAGUUUAUAAUUCAAGAAGAAAAGUUCAAGAAGAAUAAGAAUAUAUACAACAUAUUAUGAUUUGAACAUAGAUUUGAUUUAUUAUAUUAUAACACAUAUAGUAUUACAUUUUGAAUAACAUAGUAUAGAUUUAUAUAUUAUUUCAUUUUAUAUAGACUCAUUCCUUUGCAUAAAAAUAUAGAAUCUUUUAUAUGAAUUUGUACUAAAAAAAUGAAAUUAAUGAAACUUAUCUUUUGUUAAACAAACUUUUAUGUUGAGUUCACAAUAUAUAUUGUAUUAAUUUAAUAUGAAAUGUAACCUAUUAUAAUUAAUAUUUAAAAAUUUUUUUGUAAUUUGAUAUUUAAAUUGUAGAAUAUUCAGAUAUAGAAGCAACAUUAGAAAAUAAAAUUAUUCUUAUACUUUAUAUUAUUUUGUUUAAAAUUUUUUUUAAUUUUAUUCAUUUGCGAUAUUUGAUAAAUGUAUAGCUAUUCAUAAAUUGUAAUUUAGUAGAAAAAUAAAUUAAUAUAAAAAUAUAAAAAGAAAAAUUGUUAAUAAUCGUACUGCACAAUAAAAGGAAGAAAUCUCAAAUACAAUCUAUCUAUCUUGGAGCUGGAUCUAUAGGAUAUAAAUAAUGUCGUUUUAAAGUAAGUAUAACACUUCUACAAUUUAUCAUAUCAAUACCAUAAUUUGUGCAAAUAUGUGUAUAUAUAUAUAUAUAUAUUUUCUUCACAUUAUUUUCAUAAUAUGAUUAUACAUUUUAUUCACAAAGUAUAUUCAUAAUAACAUUUUCGCGUGAUUCAAA